AUGUAUAAGACCUUGAUCCUGCCGACGCUGCUGUACGGAGCGGAGACUAGAACGGUAUACACAAAGCAAGCACGCCGACUGAACCCCUUCCACCUGAGCUGUCUUCGUCGCAUCCUGCGGCUGAACUGGCGGGAUCGAAUCCCUGACACUGAUGUUCUGGAACGGACGGGAAUCCUCAGCAUCUACACCAUGCUGAGACAAAUGCAGCUGCGUUGGAUCGGCCACCUGGUGCGCAUGGAUGACGAGCGACUACCCAAAAGACUCUUCUAUGGAGACGUCGCGACGGGUUCUCGCCGCCACGGAGGCCCAAUUCGCCGAUACAAGGAUACAAUUAAGUCCUUCCUGAAGCGUCUCCAAAACAACCCGACCAACUGGGAGGAGCUCGCACUCGACCGACCGACCUGGAGGAGGAGCGUGGAGAUAAUUGCUGCGAUCUACGAAGCCAACUGCAUUGCCGCCAAAGUGAAACGCGAAGCCCGCAAAUCACAACUUCGACCAGUACGCAAUGCCGACGCGCAACCGCUACCUACGUGUCCUCGGUGUCAACGGACAUUCCGGGAUCGGAUUGGACUUGUCGGACAUCUUCGGAUCAACUGCGCCUCUCGGACUGCACCAACCAUCGUCCCCCCGUCCGCCUCUUCCUCGUCCUCUCUGCCGCCCACUAACUCUGACAGUUGUUCUGUACCACCACUUCCUUCCUCCUCCUUCUCCUCCACCUCCUCCUCCUCCUCCUCCACCACUACGCCAAGGACGGCCGCUCAGGCGACCGCCUUGCACAUCACCAACCCUGACACAACUACCGAUACCACCUCUACUGCCUCCGACUCCAGCGAUGAGGAUCAGGACUACACCUGCCCUCACUGCGACCGCACCUUCACCUCACGCAUCGGCCUGGUCGGUCACUUGCGAAUCCAUCGCACGGAGACUGGCGAACCAGUGUCUGGAGCACCAACCUAUACUCACCACGCUCGACUCAACUGUCCACACUGCCCCCGCACUUCCAGCCAUCGCAUGGGCCUGUUCGGCCACAUGAGCAUCCACGAUGACCUGCGGUAG